AUGUUGACUUCUCUUCUCCUAUUUUCAGCACCCAUUCUUCUAGUCAUCGCCGAUGCCCUUCUUCCUUCGGCCCUACUAUCGGCUUCGCUUUCGCUUAAUUUACAACCUCUGUCUUCUCAUCUAAACAACUACGACUUCCGAUCCUCACUCAUCGAUAUCCCUCUCGUAUCCAUCAUUCGAUCAGCCAUUAUAUUAUGUGUUUAUAGUUUUUGCGACGGUCCGAGGCUAUCGAGGGGGCCAUAUUUAGGAAUUGCCGCUAUAUGUUCGGUGUUAUCGCUCUUGUUCGUGUCAUUGAAGGCUGCUUAUGUUUUUAGUGACGGUUCGAGCAUCGAUCGCCGCGGAUACGGUUACUCUCGAGCCGUGGAAGUGACCUUGUUCGCGUGUUCAUUUGGGUUGGCAAUUGGGCAUGUAAUUGUGGCGUAUAGGACUAGUUGCAGAGAGAGGAGAAAACUUCUAGUUUACAAAAUUGACAUCGAAGCUGUCUCAGCAUGUAAGAUUGGAUUUCCAAGACAUCACAAAUCACUCAAAGGUGGAAGAGCAAAGCCAAGACAAAAACAAAUAUCAAAACCCCAUUUUUUCCUUAAUCAAAUUCAGUUUUCCAAGAGCCAGGUUUCAGAUUUGUCCAAAGGAGAUGUGCAGCCUGAUGAGGAAAGAAGUAAGGAAACACAGUAA